UAUGUGUUGCUGUGGGGUCAACGUGUGUGUGGAUGUGUGGAUGUGUGUGUGCGGUCGCGCGCCGGCGCACCGCCCUCCACCUCCGCCUGCCCCAUCGCCUCCGUCUCUCGUAGUCUCGCUCUUGGGGUGUCUUUGGAGUCGGUGUUGUGGCCCUCACCCGUGCGUUUCAGCUCAAGCGCAUCCUGUGUCUCGUGCUGCUUUCGAUGAUCGUUGUUGGUGUUGUCUUGGGAAGCUAUUCUUUCUCCUCUACUCCUCCGAUGUCGCCGUGGGCUCUUCUCUCUUCGCUGGUUCGAGACUGUCCGCUGUUGUUUGGUUGCUGAUGUUAGGCACAAUGAAGAAUAGAACAAGCACAGAACAAACACGGAAGAUACUGGCGAACCGCAUCGCCACAGUCCUUCGCACGGCGACGUGCGGGGAUGAUGGUUGUUCAGUGCCCCAGCGCUGUCCACUCACGGAUACAUGCGGUCGGGCUUAG